GAAGCAGCCAGAGUGUCUAGUGUCUGCUGCAGGCAAUGGGACUCUCUUCUAAGUCAAAAGCCUCCUCACUGCAGCUCGGCAGUCAGGAUCCACAGUGCCACGCUGAGAGGAGCAUCCGCAUGCUCUAAUGUCAUCCACUGCAGUCAAGCUACAAACAGGAGAUAUGAAAAGAGCCUGCAGUUGCUUUGAAGUAGUCAUUGAUUCCUUCAAGCUGCUUUUCUGAACUCUAUGGCAUUAUCAUUAAGGGAUUAUAGUCUGUCUUUUUGAUGGAUUUAUCUUUCACUCCCCCUUACCCCAAACAUAGAAGAAUAUGAUGCCAAAAAAAAAAUGUCUCACUGAAUAGAAUGGCUUUCCAAAAGACUUACUCCCUGGAGUGGCUCAUCUUUUUGGACAGUUUAUUUGCAAGGAGCUUUAGAAGUCACUGUUGAGAAUACUUAGGGAGUAAGGCUCCUGAAGGUUUUUAUACCGCUAUUAGUUAUUCUGGGGGGUGGUGGAAAAAAUGUCGAAGAUUGUUGGGGAAAGUUGUGCCGAAGACCUAGUGAAGGUUUCUGACGAAGAGAUGAUGAAGUGGAGUAAAGAGGAGCUGAUUCAACGGCUCCGCAGGGCAGAGGCGGAUAAGAUGAGUGCCAUGCUGGAUCACAGUAACCUGAUCCGGGAGGUGAACAGGAGACUGCAGCUGCAUCUGGGGGAGAUCAGAGGGCUCAAGGAUGUGAAUCAGAAGCUGCAAGAAGAUAAUCAAGAACUCCGAGACCUAUGUUGUUUCUUGGAUGAUGACAGGCAGAAAGGGAAAAAAAUUUCUAGAGAAUGGCAAAGGCUGGGAAGGUAUACAUCUGGAAUCAUGCAAAAAGAGGUUACUUUAUAUUUGCAGAAGCUGAAGGACCUUGAAGUAAGACAAGAAGAAAUGGUCAAAGAGAACGUGGAUUUGAAAGAAAUUUGCUUUUUGUUAGAUGAGGAAAAAAUUGGUGGAGCUGGAAGCCGAAGUUCGAUUGACAGCCAAACAAGCCUCUGUCAGUUAAAUACAACGGCGAGUACGUUUUUAAGAGACGUUGGGGAUGGGAGUAGCACUUCUAGCGCUGGAAGCACAGACAGCCCAGACCAUCACAAACCCAACCCAACUAAUAGUCCUGACCACCUCCAAAAAAAUAGGGGUGAAGGAAGCCCAGAGCAGCAGAAACAUGGGAGUGGAAGUCCGGAUCAUCUCCAAAAGAACAGGAGUUCUGCAAGCCCCGACCAUCAGAAACAUGUGAAAAGUGCAAGCCCAGAACAUCAUAAAAGCGUGGGUAAAAGUAGUCCUGAGCAGCAAAAGCAUACUUGUAGUAGCCCAGAGAAUCUACAGAAACAAAUGUUAAGUAGUAGCCCUGAACAUUUUAAAAACCAUAGGUCUGGUGGUAGUCCAGAAUACCAAAAGCUCAGCAGUGCCAGCCCAGAGCAUCUUCAAAAACAUACAUUAAGUGGAAACUCAGAACAUCUUCAAAAAGCACGGGGCAGUAGCCCUGAGCAUCUCAAACCCCAUUUUGGAGGUAGUCCAGAGCACCUCAAACUUUUGAGUGGGAGCAGCAGGGAAGGCACCUUAAGGAGACAAGUAGCAGAUGAAAUGUCAGCUCAUCACAGGAGUGUGUACAAUGGAAUGAAUGGUUAUGUGGAAGAAACUUGGAGAUGCUGCAGGUUCAUGUCCUGGAAUUAGACAUCUGUCAGGCAAUCAGUAUAAAGGACCAAUGUGAUAGAAUCUGAUUAUUGCCUGAGCCCUUCUGAAGAUGAAGUACAAACUUAAAUGACAAAGAGAUGAUUUAAUCAAAUAUGUUAAGCCCUAGGCAGAAAGUGACAUGUCUUAACGUAGCACUAUAUAUAUAUAUAUA